CACUCCAUUUGACAACGCUAGCCAUAUAGAAUUUACUCUAUAUAUAUAUUCUAUUCCAAAUUCAUGAUAUUGCUGAGUACAAAGGCAAAACCAUGUGAUCCUUCAUGUGCUAGUGUCCAUCAGUAGAUCCCAUUCUAGUGUCCCUUCACCAUCCAUUGCAGAUCUCAAGAGGGCUUUCCACAUAACUUUGAUCUAUAUAUAAGCACAUCAGCAAGUCCAAAGACAACGCAAUCUUCUUAUUCUUCACUGGCAAUUGUGCUAGUCCUUCAUUCCUUUUUCUUCUUGUUGAGGAAUAAAUAUCCCCAAUUCAAAGCAAUGGCUAUUCGUACGCCUCAUAAAAUUCAUGCUAAACAAGUCCUUCGACGGUCUUUAUCAUUGAAAGCAAACCAAGCAGCUUCAUCAGCAGUAGAUGUUCCCAAGGGUCAUUUUGCAGUUUAUGUUGGAGAGAGUGAAAAGAAGCGAUUUGUAAUUCCGAUAUCAUACUUGAGCCAGCCUUCAUUCCUAGACUUGUUAAAUCAAGCUGAGGAAGAAUUUGGAUUUGAUCAUCCAAUGGGCGGUCUCACCAUUCCCUGCGGAGAAGACAUCUUCGUUGUUCUCACUUCUCAAUUGGGUCAAUCAUGACUCAUGAUACAGAAAAACUGGCUACCAUAUUGUAGCUAGACAAAACAUUUUUGUAAAGCAGUAAUUAUAGUUUCUAUGUACAAAUAUUCUUUCCUUUCCUUUCAUCCAUUGAGGAAGAGAAAUGUCAUUAGAAUAUUAUGAAUUGACAUUAAUGGAAUUCUUUCACAUUUAAA